CCCAGCUCAAAGCUGAAAAGUGAGCGGGGGCGCAGAGGAAGAGAAGAGCAUGAAGAAGAGAUGAAGGCUCCAACGCCGUGUUUUUAGCCUUUAACAUCGGAUGCUGACCCAGAACCUGAAUAUGACUCACUGGAGGUGCUCCUGAGUUGGACUCGUAUUUAGCAGGCUGUUACGUCUCAUCCCUAUCCGUUUCCUCCUCCUUACACUGACGUCUAUCCGCUGCUAAAGCAAGAAAAAAUCUCUGAUUACACAUUUUUCCUCCACUGGAAGCAUUUGCCUCUGGCUUUACCGGUAAGCGUUGGAUCCGUCAACUUACUGCGACUCUCCGGUGUACAGCCCGGACCUCUGCCCGAACAUGAUCGCAACGCAGGCAAAGCUGGUUUACCAGCUCAACAAAUACUACAACGAGAGAUGUCAAGCGCGCAAAGCGGCCAUUGCAAAGACCAUAAGGGAGGUUUGCAAAGUGGUUUCGGAUGUCCUGAAGGAGGUGGAGGUGCAGGAGCCCCGGUUUAUCAGCUCCCUCAGUGAGAUAGAUGCGCGUUAUGAGGGGAUGGAGGUCAUCUCCCCAAAUGAGUUCGAGGUGGUGCUUUACCUCAACCAGAUGGGGGUUUUCAACUUUGUGGAUGACGGCUCUCUACCCGGAUGCGCGGUGCUGAAGCUGAGCGACGGCCGCAAGAGGAGCAUGUCUCUGUGGGUCGAGUUCAUCACCGCCUCGGGUUACCUCUCAGCCCGAAAGAUCCGCUCCAGGUUUCAGACUCUGGUGGCGCAGGCCGUGGACAAAUGCAGCUACCGCGACGUGGUGAAGAUGGUGGCCGAUACCAGCGAGGUCAAGCUGCGGAUCAGGGAAAGGUAUGUGGUGCAGAUCACUCCCGCCUUCAAGUGCACCGGAAUCUGGCCUAGAAGCGCAGCGCAAUGGCCCAUGCCCCACAUCCCAUGGCCUGGACCAAACCGGGUGGCAGAAGUCAAAGCGGAGGGUUUUAAUCUCCUGUCCAAAGAGUGUUACUCUCUAACAGGGAAGCAGAGCUCGGCAGAAAGCGACGCCUGGGUGCUGCAGUUCAGCGAGGCCGAGAACAGGCUGCUCAUGGGCGGCUGCAGGAAGAAGUGUCUGUCCGUCCUGAAGACUCUGAGGGACCGGCACCUGGAGCUUCCGGGACAGCCGCUCAACAACUACCACAUGAAGACCCUGCUGCUGUACGAGUGCGAAAAACACCCGCGGGAGACGGACUGGGACGAGUCCUGCCUGGGAGACCGAUUGAACGGCAUCCUGCUGCAGCUCAUAUCCUGCCUGCAGUGCCGCAGAUGUCCCCACUACUUCUUGCCAAACUUGGACUUGUUUCAGGGAAAGCCUCACUCAGCCCUGGAGGCUGCUGCGAAGCAGACUUGGAGACUAGCGAGGGAAAUCCUCACCAACGCCAAAAGUUUGGACAAAUUAUAGAACAGCGCUGAGAGACGUUUUGGGAUCAAAUCUACGAUUUCUCCAACUGAGUCUCCAAGAAAUGUGAAAAAAAAAAAAACGCAACAAAGCAAACCCUUUUUAAAAACGGAGCAAAUUGGGCCACUGCCACAGAAAGAAGAGAAGGUACACAUUUCUGAUAAAUGUAAUACAUUUCCUCAGUCUUCUUUAAAUGUUUUCACAAAGUGAAGAACUUUUUAUUUAAAUAUAUGCACAAAACCGUUAAGUGAAAGAACAGAUUGUAGCGUGCCAAGUUCAUUUUUCCAUUAUGUGACUUAAGAAGAAAUGUUAAUAAAAUGUUGCAAAUUAAAUUAAAA